AUGGCUCGUGGCCGGCACCUUUGCGCCACCGCCGUGCUUCUGCUGGGCACCUUGCAGGGAGGUCAAAGUUGCGACCAGAUCCUCCCUGCAGCUUCCGCCCAGGUGAACUACAACACCAUCACCCGCUGCUUGCAAGACCAGCAGCAAGCGACACUGGCAUCGGGCACUUUCCUUUUGCCACAUGGCAUUCGGCUGCCAGCGAACACGAGCCUCUUUGGUGCACCACCCAAUGCGACGGUUCCGCAGCUAACGACGCGGCUCGUGCUGGCCGUGCCAACCGCCAUCACCCACUACAUCCUGCGAUUAGGCUCGCACUCGGAAGUCAGCUGGCUGUCCGUGGAUGUCCAGGAGAAUUUGCUGGGUGACGGCUGCUGUAAGUGCGUUGUCGGGAUCUAUGGCAACUUCUCGCAGGUCUCCUAUGUGGAGGCCAUGGGUACCAGAACUGGUGUGGGCGUGUACUUCGCGAGCCCCACCUCCCACAGCAAUGCCGUGUGGGAGAUGUCUGUUCGCGGAGUCUUUUACGGAGUCGCGUUUGCUGCCGGGCUGAGCGCGAGGCAAGUAAACGUGUUCGAGCACAGCCUCAUCGAGGAUGUUCUCUGCGAUGCGGUGUCCUUUGCCGGUUAUGGGGAGGUCCGCCAUACGACGAUCCGAAGAGUCGGCUCUGCCUGUGCCGCCGCUGCGGCCAAGGGCGAACCACCGGCGGGAGCAGGUUUUUUCUGCCGUGGCAGCUGGGACGGCGGGCUCAUCCACUCCAACCAGGUGGUAGACACCUGUGGCAUGUCCCUGGACGUGGACACAUGUUCUCAUCUGGAUAUCUUCAACAACACUUUCUCUGGACCAGGCUACGACUGGGAAGGGAACUUCACCCACUGCUGGGGUGCGGUGACCGCUGUCUUGCUGGACUCGCAGAUGGUGUCGGUGUCCAAGAACCUCAUCAGCAACCUUCGAGAGUCCAACCGGCUUGCAGUGUCCGAUGGCGAUAUCCAUCAGGUCUUUAGCGAGGUCGAUGCCGUUCCUUUCUCGGAUCUUCCGAACGGCACGGACACGGUGCUGGCUUUCGCACUGCUCCACCGGCCACAUGCCGGGGCCUCGCCCUCCAUCAACAAUCAGAUCUCCAACAACUCCUUCACAUGCCGCUGCCCUGGAGAGAAUGCCACCUGCGCUGGGCUGGCCUACUUCACCGGGCGCGGCACCGGUCUGGAGGGGGUGCGCCUCCCGGGCCAUUCCUGGGGCGAGCGGAGGCCGACGCAGCCCUCGCACUUUACAGGGAACCUUGAGGACGGAGACCUCGGUUCCGUGCGAUGUGGCAAGAAUUCCUAUGCGGAGGCGGAGCCAGUCUGCCGCAUAGACUCGGACUUCCCUUGCAAUGCGGAUGACUACGAGCACCCGGAGGCCGACCUGGCCGCCGUGUUCUCGCCAGAGCGGCGCGAGCCGGAGGCCGAGAGGGCGCCGAAGGUCAUCGUGGAUGACCGCUUCUUCUUCAGGCGUCUCACCUGGGCUUUGCACCGCCGUGCCGUGCGCCACGUCCGCGCGGUGCCGCCGUGUGCGCGCCUCACCAUGGAGCUGCUGCUCCUCGUGGCCUCACUCCUCCAGCUUAGCGCCGUGCUGGUUUUGCACGCUGCACUCCUCCCCUCUGCGCUUUCGCCGCUGCCGAUCCGCGACCCCUUGGCCGACCGCCUGACGGAUGCGUUCUCUCCAGGCACGGCCGUUGAGCUGCUCAUCAUUGAGCUGGCUCUGCCUUCGCUUGGGUCUGUGACAGACGACAUUGCGCCCAACUUGAGCUCCGUUCGUACAUCUGAGGUCGUCCGAUGCGAGGUCGCCGCAGAGCGCUCGGUGUUGGAGCUUCCACCCGUGGUCCGGCGAGGCGUGCAAGAAGCUGCGAGCCAACGGCAAGGAGGUCUGGUUGCCAAAGUGCACAUGGAUGCCAACGACUUGCAUCCCAUGCUUCCGGUCCGUCGGCUGCCCAGCUCACUGCUCCGCGGCAUCCUCGCAUCGCGCAUCCUCGGAGCUCUGGUCACCGGCCCGUUGCGGGACGAGGUCAUUCGCCGCGAGCCGUUCCUCUCUGUCCUUGCCAACUUCACCGAGGAGGUGCCGAAUGUUGACGGUGCGAACAACUCCUCCGAGGUCGGCCCGGAACAGCCGGGGGCGAAGGUGCCUCCCAUGGCCGUGGAGAAGUGGUCGCUUCUGGCUUGGGGCCUCGCCGAAGUUGGUUUAGGCAUCGGCAAUGUCUCGACUGCGAAGUUGGGAAGCACGUCGCUGGCGUUCUUGUCCUGCGAAGGGGAGACGCCCGUCUCGCUGCAGCCUCUCCGGCGCCUGUCGGAGCUGCUGGACAGGCGAACGGAGUGGUGGCUGUUCAAGACUGUCUGGGUCUUUGCCACCUGCAUCUUCGGCCUGCUUGCAGCAGUCGUCGUUUGCUUUGCCGUGCGAGGAUCGCUGCUGGGCCUCUACAGCAUAUGCCUUCACCUAAGCACCGGGCCUGGCUGCGGGCUGCUGGAUUCCCUCGAGGCGAUGGUCCUGGUCUUGGCACCUGCAGGGCUGGGGUUCGCUUUCUGCCGCCUCGCCGGGACCCGGGCGCCAGAUGUCGCGGCGAUCCUCCUCUGCCUCUCUGCGGGUGAGGUUGCGUCUCUGAUGCUUCAGACGCAGGAUUCGCGAUAUCUUUUCCCAAGGGCCGCCCUUCCUGCAUACAUUGCGGACGUGUACUACUGCUUCUUCUACCACCCCAUGAACUUUACCGGGUUGGCACACGGCGCUCUCUUCUGCUAUCAGGCCUUCCUCGUCGCAGUUCUGUGGGGCCAUUUCGAAACGGUCGUGCGCUUGCCUACUUCGUCCUUGGACCAGCUCAAUGUCGAGGUUCGGAUCAGACCCAGCUCUCAUGCGAAGGGCCAUGCUCGGCUUUCCCCGGCUGUGCAGAAGCUGCUCCUGGAACAAGGGCUACUCUUGCUCGGGGACAAUACGUCUUACGAGACGGGCAUGGUAAUGAGUGCAGUCGUGUCCAGAGCUGUGCAGACCAUGAAGGCUCCGCGCUGGACCUUUCCGACCGACCCAGUAGGUGCCACGGACUUGCUACACCCCGGCGAGUCUCUUCGGUCCAUCCACCCGGAGGCCCUGGGCGGUGGCGCGGCCGUGAACUUGCUA